AUGCGAUACCGGACAAUACUUAUUGACUCGCCUGAGUUUGAGUCGGUGUUAUCGAGUUCAAGUCGUGAACUCUGCCCCGCGUCGAAGGAUAUUUUUAGCUCGGCGACCGGAGAGGGAGUCACCGACGUUGUUGCUGUAUACGGUGCCUUAUUUUCAUGUAUUUGGGUUUUUGACAGUGUGAAGUCUGUGGCUCUAAGUGAGACUGUGGUGUUGAUGGAGAGGUUUGACUUGAGGAAAAUGUGGAGAGCUGUGGGGGAGUUCAGGGUGACGGAUGUGGCAGUGGCAGUGGCACUACCGGUGUUGGUGACUAUGGCGAAGGGAGAUGUGACGGAUGGCUAUGAUUUGAGGUUACUAGUGUUCACCACUGAAGGCUCGUCACCAUUAUUUGUUUACUCGGCCGCGUUCUGGAAUCUGGAGAUAAUGCCGUUAUGA